AUGCCCGCAAUCACCUUCGUCACUCCUCCGGGCAGACCCUCUGUGCUGAGGGGCAACACUGUUCAGGAGGCUAAGGCUCAGCAAUCCGAGUUCACAAGCACGGACGACAACGAGAAAGUAACGACGAGUGCGCUACGACAAUCCGAUAGCGACCCUGCAGCUGACAUGGAGACGAGAGCAGAGGCAGAACCGCUCAGCUUUCAGAAGCGCAUACUGCCGCAUCUGACAACUUCGCCCGAAGCAACAUCAGGCGCAUUCGCUCUCGCAGCGUCACGCAAACCCAUCGACGAGACCGUCUCACGUCCUUUACACUCCGACGAGGCGAAGAAGCGGUCGCUGCUGUCAACUGCUAUGGCUGGAUCGUCUGCUCAACCGCCCCGCAGUCUCUCGACAACCAAUCUGGGUAUUCUGCGCAGAGCAGAGUCCGAGACUGCCCGGGCGAGUCUGGACGGGGCGCGAAAGGAAGCAUAUACGGCGACCGAAGCUCCUGUGACAGUGUCUCGACCCCGUCUGCACUUCGUCGAGCCGCAGAAAGAUCACAUUGCCGCCUAUACGUCUCGACAAGAGACGGCAUCCGCGCACGCCGAAGCGACAACCUCGACACAACCGCGUGUCCAAGUAGCAGAGCCAACCCCAGCAGCGGCACAGCCGUCAGACACUGAAAUUGCCCCGAGGAAGCGUAGUCUGGUGAUUCAGGAGCACGCCGAUGUCCUUGAACGCGCAGCAGAGCGAGCAGCUCGUCAGACGGGCCAUCUCAGCUCGGAAGCCUUGGAGCAGCAUUCCCACACCGUCACUACCUCGACCAGAUUGCGGCAGCACAGCGGGUCAUCAGCGGGAGACGAGACGGCAUCCACCCGAUCCAGCUGGGCUAUGCGCAGCAACUCUCGUGGUUCGAGCAUCGGAACCUCGCCGGGUGUCGAGUCAGCCGACAAUGCGGACGAGCCGAUUGAGCUGGAGCUGACAAAGCCGUCGGAGCAGCCAACAAUGGUUCCGAUCUUCACCAAGCCCAGUUUCAGCGACCGUGACAACGAUAAGCGUCAGACCGUUCCCACACAAUCAUCACGCAAGCUAACCUUCAUCAGCCCAGCUCCUUCCAAGAGGAGAAGAUCACCAGCGGAAGGCGCAGUUACACCUGCUCGUCGCGAAUCCGAUCCUGAUACAGCUUCCUCUUCCAAGAGUGUACAUGCUGUCAGCGAUAGCGACGGUCAAACUGCUGCUGAAACUUCCCGCAGGGUCCUGGCUUUCGCGGCUUGUCCCAAACCAGAACGAUCGGCCAAGUUGUCACCAGCCCAUGCUACACGAAAGUCGAAAAGCAAGCUCUCCGCCAGCCCGGCCCCGCACAAGCUGGCGUACUCUCAACGACUUCGAGGCAUACGAGGUACCGACCCCAUUCGCUCACCGGCACCGAAUCAAGCUGGUCAGACCGCAGCCCAGAUGAGCCGAUGGGAUCAAAUCCACGAGGACGUCUCUUCAGAAGGCUCAGGCUAUAGCGAGGACGAAGAAGAUGGCGAUUCGGACGAAGAUGAUGACGACGAUGACGACUCGGACAAUGACGAUGACGAUGACGACGACGAUUUGAGUCAGUCGAACGCAUCCGACAUUCAAAGUCUGGCAGAGUCGUUGCUGCAGCAUAGUGAAGACGGUGCCAGUCUGCGAUCAGACGCUGCUCCUCGUCUACCGUCCAACGCUAUCGAAGGAUCACGCGAAGCGGCCAAGCCGGCGAAGCACCCAUCAGCAGAACAGCACAUUGCUCGAAUGACUCCCAGCGACUCGCAGCCGGGACCAAGCCAACAAUCUUCACGCAGGCAGUCUGGCAGCUCCUCACAAGGCCCGCCAUUCCCUGCAAGCAAGACCUCGCCCGGACCGACAUCGCCGACUCGAGCGUCGCAGUCCUCGCGGUCCAACCAGACUUCUCCGCUUUCACGCAAGCUCAAGCCCAAGGACUCGCUCUCGCAUCCAAUGUGCUUCCUCCCUGACGCCUUUGAAGAGUCUGCUCCACCUACUCCCACAGAGCCGGAUUCGGACGCAUAUGACCCGCUGCAGCGGGCCAACUUGCUGUCAGGAUGGCUCUCGGAAGGUGGCAGUGCGUCAAGCUCACGCCGCGCUAGUUGGCAAAUGCAGCACCCGACAGGAGCAAGUCGCCGAGGCAGUGGUGAAGAGGGACUAGCAGUGCCCAUUGAUACGUUGCCACCCUUCCGUCGUGCCCGCGAACGCGCCGCUUCGCCUGGGCUGACCAGCGAAGGUGAGAACACAAGCAGAUCCCUAGGUGGCAAUGCCGCUUUCAUUCGCGAGUCUGCUGGGCUUGGGAGAUCUCCCUCUCACAACGCCGAGACCGUAGCAUCUCCACGCAGGCCAUCGCACGUCGAUGCGCUUGGCAUCAGCGUGCCUGUCGCUGGUCGGCCAGCCCAACCCUUCUCGUGGCGUCAAGUUUCGAGCCAUCAGGUCCCGCAACGGCCUUCCACGGGCAUGACUGGCUAUCGCAGAGCGAGUCAUUCGGUCGAACCGAGGAAGGCAACUUCAGCGUUUACUAGUCCGGUCGGAUCCUACUCGCAGCAGGUGCACAUAACUGGCAGGAUUACACCUUCACGAGGCGCUGCUGUGUCGAGGCCCUCGGCAGGCAAGCAGAGAGCCGUCUCGUCUUCGAGUCACAUCCGCAGUCGACCCUUGGUAGCCCCUAGCACACACGACGACGUGGUCGUAGCAACCUCGCCACCGCGACACGAUGCAUCUGCUCAUCUCAAGCAUCACCUCGCCCACUCGCCAACGAGUCCCAUUCGUCCUGAGAGUCAACGCCGCGACACGCACGCAUCUGGCAGCACGACACCAGGCUGGACGUCGGAGGGUCAACUUCCCAGCCAGAGCACCAGUCGGUACUGGACGCAGCGACUGUCUUCGCUUGCGCAGGCCAUGUCGGAGGAGCUGUCGAUUGUAGGCAAUGCGGUGCUUGGCAAGGAAAAGGUCAGCACAGAGGUGGUCGAAGGCGAGGAGGGGCAGGCGUCACACCGACGUUCGCGCUCGGUCCCGAUGGAAGGGGCGGUCGUUGACAGUGCGGCGUCGAUCGUACCUGAGGUGUCGCAACAGUCGCUCUCACCGUCCGUGUCGGCAAGACGCAACUCAGCCGGCGUACCCGUCCCCAAACCCAACGCAGCAGGAGCAUGGACAGCCAAACGCGACGGUCAAACCCAGCCACCAGUCCGACGCAACAAGCAUGCAUCGGAGGAAGACGCAUCAUCAGGAGACGAAGGGAAACCGUUCCGGUUUGCCAAGAAGGAGGUCGGCGAAGACGGCAUGACCAGGCUUGUGGUGAUUCAUACGUCGGAGCGAGCAUAG